GAAAAACAAGAAAAAAGGCUCCGUUAUCAAAAGAUGGCUCCGACAAGAAAAAACCUUUUCGUGCUCUGGAAGACAGGCGAGCUGAAGAUCAGAUGGGAGGUCGACAGCGGUCAUGGCACCGAGAACGAAAAGACCGUAUCGCUAGAUGAUAUCUAUAGAUUGGAUCGAAACAAUGUUAAUUUCCUAGUAAAGGGGACCAGCGAUGCCAAUGUACCUUUCAAGAUCAACAUGCAUCUUCAUUGUAACGAAGAACAUGCCUUCGGUGUGAAAUACUCUGGAAUAACCGAGACAUCACAAGGGAUCACAAAUUCCACAUCUCCAAGACCGUCAGCAUCCACACCAGUCGACAUUUCUCCUCAAGGUGCAUCCGCAUGUACUUCUAAUGCCAGGAAAGUGAGCGACGAAAUGCUAAAUAGCUUGGCACAACACGUUCCAACCUACGCUUACAACAAGUUUAGCGGAAAGCUUGGAAUCGAGCAUAACCAGGCCGGGAACAUUUUGGAUAAGUAUAAGAGCGACUAUGAGAAGGCAACGAGGGAAUGCCUUGCGAAAUGGAUGGAUAGAUCAAACCGUGAUGUUGCUGACUUACAUGAAGUUCUGAGAGCAGUUGAUCUAGGGGGUUUAAUUAUUUACUGUAACUAAUACCGAUAAAAGGGAAACCAUGUGGGGGAACAAAUGUUGAUCAACACACACACAAACACUCAUGAAUGCAUAUUAGAAUGUGCGUAUAUUUCAGAGAAAUUAUGUUCGGCGACGGAGGAGAUACGAAUACGACCAAAAACACAAUAGAUAACUAUAAUAACUAAAUGUCCAGUUACUAUCGUAUAGUUAAAUUACCAAGAUACUAGCCAAAAGUAGUCGAGGGAAUAUCAAAACGGAAGAAAAAAGCACUUUCGGCUUUUUCGUAUGGAGAAGGUGUGUUUAGUUUGUGAAGUAGUAGCAAGCAAGCCCUUCUUUUCGAUUUUGGCCCUCUGCUAAAUAAUAGGUUAAAUAAUAUUUAGCCCAUCAAGCUUCUUCAGGUUUUGGACAAUAAUAUAUAUUGAUGCGUCAAUGCAUGAAUGUCAUCGUUGUAUUCUCCUUUUCUUUGAUAAGGAGACAUGUUUUGAAUGAUUUUGAUUAGGUUAUCAUUCAUGAAGUACAAUGUGCUGUUUUUGGUAGACGUAUUUGAUUGGGAGAUUGUAAUCCAAAACUUAGUCCAUCCUCCAAAACAAAUGAAGAAUUCACUGAUGACAAUAACAAUGCACUUGCAACGUUUCACUUUUGACUUGGCCACAUGUUCAGGUGUACUGUACAUUCCAUGAUUACGUAAUUGUUAUAAAUGGACCAUCAUUGUAAAAGGGGAGUUAACAGGUAUUGCAAUUAUACGAACGUAAAGUAAAAUGAUAUUAUAAUAAUUAACAAGAAAUAUAUCAACGCUCAAAAUUGAAUUGAAUUUAGCGUUGAUAUCCAUUCUUAUUAAUAGAAUUAUAUUAUAAAUCAUAGUUGUACAACAUUUUACGAUAUUUCAUAUUUUAAAUUUAAUUUUCUGGUUUUACAUAUCAUGUCAUGUAUUGUAGUCUAAUGAAGCCUCGUUCAGGUAUGAAGCGUUAAACAGCGGCAUCAUUCUUUAUUAAAGAAGUGUAACACGCUUCACAUUUCCGUAUCUUAUAACACAGAGGUGAGAGCUAGCUACCUGUUCAUUAACAUACUUGUCAUUGAUCCGCGGUUUUGGGGGCGGUGUGGUUGUAGCGCUUGUUUACCGCGGCAUAUCGGAACAGGCCUUAAAGGUGUAUAAAUCUCCACAGCCUUGAUUUUCGUUUCGAUCGUAAAUCGAACGUUUGCCCUACCACAAUCCAGCUUUUCGAGUUUCGUGAAAUUACAUGUAACUCCACAUAUCUACGCUAAAUAUUCAAUCUAAAUGUUAUUGUGCA